AACGGAAACUUCCGAGCGGAAAUAGUAGCAAAGAACAGCCAUUGGAAACGAUUUUCGGAUAAUUUGACGGUGUCAAAGGACAAAUUGCUCUUCCUUUAAUAUAUAUACAAUAAAAAGUCUUUAAUAUUUUACGACAGGAAUAAGUUUGCCUUGUCCCUACAUGUAAACGGAGGAUUAUUUUCAUCAGGAAAUACGAUUUCCAAUCCAAAUUUUGUCGAAUAACACUUCUCAAUUUUUGGCCGCCAUACUUGAUGUAAAUGACGAAAGAAACCAUACUUCAUGAGCAGAUUCGCCCCCUCCUAGCUUUCUUCCAGCCAUGAGUGGGAGGCCCCGGACAACAUCAUUUGCUGAAGGUGGAAAAGCUGGUGGAUCUGCACCAUUUGGAGGAAUGAAGACGAUUAAUAAAGACGGAAGUAGGGUGACAACUGUUCUUGCUACGGCAGGACAGGGUAAUGACAGACCACAAGAAGUGUCAUAUACAGAUGCUAAAGUGAUUGGAAAUGGUUCCUUUGGAGUUGUUUACCAAGCAAAAUUAGUUGAAUCACAAGAACUUGUUGCAAUCAAAAAGGUUCUGCAAGACAAACGUUUUAAGAACCGAGAGUUACAGAUAAUGCGCAAGUUGGAACAUCAUAAUAUAGUCAAACUCAAGUAUUUCUUCUAUUCAGCUGGAGAAAAGAAAGAUGAGGUGUUCCUGAACUUAGUUCUAGAGUAUGUACCAGAGACAGUGUACCGAGUUGCUCGACAUUAUAGUAAAUCCAAACAGACAAUACCCAUUAUCUUCAUCAAGCUUUACAUGUACCAGUUGUUCCGGAGCCUUGCCUACAUUCAUUCACAGGGGGUGUGUCAUCGAGAUAUUAAACCACAAAAUCUUCUACUUGACCCAGAUACAGGUGUUCUUAAACUCUGUGAUUUCGGAAGUGCCAAAAUAUUGGUGCGAGGUGAACCAAAUGUAUCAUACAUAUGUUCCCGGUACUACAGAGCUCCAGAACUUAUAUUUGGUGCUACAGAUUACACCUGUCAAAUAGAUGUAUGGUCAGCAGGGUGUGUUCUAGCUGAGUUAUUGUUAGGACAGCCAAUAUUCCCGGGUGAUAGUGGUGUUGAUCAGCUUGUAGAAAUCAUUAAAGUACUCGGUACACCAACUAGAGAACAAAUCAGAGAGAUGAACCCAAAUUAUUCAGAAUUUAAGUUCCCACAAAUCAAAGCACAUCCAUGGACAAAGGUGUUCCGACCACGUACACCACCGGAAGCUAUACAAGUAGUUAGUCGUCUACUAGAAUAUAUCCCAUCAGCACGUAUCUCCCCUCUAGAAGCCUGUGCUCACGCUUUCUUUGAUGAAUUGAGGGAGCCGAGCACUCGAUUACCUAACGGCAGAGAACUGCCUGUCUUGUUUAACUUUUCUCCACAUGAGCUGUCAAUUGCCCCUCAUUUGAAUGCAACACUGAUACCUCCUCAUGCACGAACAUCUGGUUCUGAUGCUCAACCUGGUGGAAGUUCGGGACAAGACAUGGAUUCAAAGAGCGGUGGUAAUCCUGCAGGUGAUACAUCAACAUCUCAGGGUGCUGCUGGAGGAAAUGCAUGAGCUGUACUCUAUAGUGAUUUCAUUUGGAGCUGCUCUCUUAAUGUAUUUAUUUCAUCAACUUUUAUGGUACUUGUACAAUAUUGUUUUAAAUUCCCCCUUAUGAAGGGUUUAGCAACAUAGUGUGAGAUACUACUAUGAGAAAUUCUGAAAUGAAGGAAUUUAUUUUAGGAAUGAACAUCAGUGUAUUGAUGGUAUGUGCUGGACUUUAUGUUUUUGUGCUUGUGUUUUAUUGUCAGAGACAUUCUUACUAUGAUGCCUGAUACAGACUUUUAUGGUAAAAUAUAGCUGGAGGUAUUUUAAACAGUGGGGGAAAUAUGAACUCUUUAUGUGGUGUCUACUAAUUGAUUAUAUGCAGAAUUAACAUAACAGUUGAACCAAAAAAUAAGAACAGGACAGUGUUAGUUCCUGUUGAAGAACUCUUUAAUUAGAGACUUCAGGAUUUGAGCAGACAGAAGAAAAAAAUUACAUAGUCACUUUAAAUUAACACAAGUAAGACAAGUGCUGAUGUGCUCUUGUGUAAUAAACUGUUUUUAUAUAUAUAAAUGAUUCUGAACAUGUUGUUCUAUGAACUAUAAUAAAUCUGUGAACAUACUUAUAGCUGAACCAAGGAUUAUACACUGUAUAUAUGGACUUGUAUAGAGGAUAAUUGUUGUGCUGGUGCAGCAGGGAGGAGUAUACGACACGUGUAGUUGAGGAUUGCGAGGAUAUCUGACAACUGUCGCACAAACGAAAGAAUAAAAGUUGUUGUUUGUUUGUUUUUUUAAUUAGAACGUUAGAUCUAUGAUAUUUAACAUGUGUGUCAUUUGCUAACCAUUAUAUAUCACCUUAUGUUAACAAUCUGCAGGACCUUCAUCUAAUAAAGAUUUUUAUGUUAAAAGUCGUAUAAUAUUUGAUAUUUCUUUCCAGCAUACAGGGAUAUUUUAUUUCUUAUAGUGUAACAAAUUUAAGAAACAUGUAUUAGGUUAAGAAAUACUUGUAAAAGGAAUUUGAAUAUUUUGUUUUAUUUAAAUCUUAUAUAUAUGCAUAAUUUGUGUUUUUACUAGUCUAGUUUUAUUUAUAGAAAGUAAAGAUUAUGACAUUUGUUGUUUUUAUGAAGAAAGAAAGAAAAAACAACAGCAUCUCUAAAAAUGACUGAUGAAUGAAGUAUUUUGAUAGUUUUCAUCAACUUUGCAGAUGUCUAAUAUUGUUUAUUUCUAUAUUUAAAUGAAUGUGUUAGACAUAUAAUAGCAGUUAUCAGUUAUUUUUAAAAAAAGAUUUAAAGGAAUUUUUCAUGUAUUCGACUAGAUCUCCUGAUGAUAUAUGGUCUGUGUCAUGACAAAACCAACAUAAUGCGUUAGCGACCAGCAUGGAUCCAGACCAGCCUGCACAUCCGCGCAGUCUGAUCAGGAUCCAUGCUGUUCGCUAGCAGUUUCUUUACUUGUUAUAGGGUCUGUAAGCGAACAGCAUGGAUCCUGAUCAGACUGCACGGAUGCGCAGGCUGGUCUGGAUCCAUGCUGGUGGCAAACGCAUUAUGUUGGUUUUGUCAUGACACGGCUCAUAUGGUCUGCACCAAGAACAAAAGGUUAAUUAAUAUCUGUGUCGAAUCCAGAGACAUGAAAAUUAUUGUCAAGUUGUACAUCGAAUAUUCAUGUAUGAUUUUUACUGAAGAAGUAUUUAGAUAGUAUUGUUCAGUUUUUAUACAGUGAUAGCAGAUUUUUGUAGUAUUUUGGUGUAUCGUCGGCAUAAACUGCCUUGUUUUGGGGUAUUUUACAUGUACGUUUUCUCAUUUUUAAAAUUUCAAAAUUUUAAUUAGGUGUUUAGUUAAACUUUGUUAGUUUUAAAGGUUCUACCGAAAAGUUACCAUUUUAUUAUGGUCACAUUGCUAAUAUUUGAAGUAAUAUAAUUGAGCCGUGUCACGACAAAACCAACAUAGUGGGUUUGCGAACAGCAUGGAUCCUGAUCAGACUGCGCGGAUGCGGACCCAUUAUGUUGGUUUUGUCGUGACGCGGCUCAAUUGUUCUUGGAGCUUGUUGUAUGGGAUUUAAAACUUAAAAAUGUGAUGAAUCAAGAUUUACUGUAGCAUACCAACUGUAUUGUUUGAGUUGUAAGUUAUGUGACUGGCUUACUGACUUAAAAAUCAUGUGACUUGGUUUAAAGUCAUAUGACUGGCUUACUGGGUUUUAAGUCAUGUGACUGACAGUCAUGUGAUUGGCUCACUGGGUUUUAAGUCAUGUGACUUGCUCACUGUGUUUAAAGUCCUGUGACUGGCUAACUUGGUUCAAAGUCAUGUGACUGGCAUAAACAGAUUUAAAUUAUGUGACUGGUACACUUGUUGUAAUGGGUUUAAACCAUUGCACAGUACAUACAGUUAGUAUAAGAGGGUGGCAGAUACAUAGUGAACCAGCUUAGUGUCACAUCACUCACAUUGGUCUGUGGUUAUGACUUGUUUUAUAGUUCCUGAAAUAAGACAUGUGUUAUGAAUGUUCUGCCAGCAAUAUGCUUCAUAAGCCUCGGCUUAUGGUUUAACUGUGAAUUAUGACUUAUAUAAUGUGUAUAUAGUGUAAAUCUAUGAGUUACAGGCAUGUUUGAAAUAAUACGUAUUUGAAAUGGAUAAUUGGUGGCAUUUUUGAAACAAAACAUUUUCUUAGAUAAAAUGUCUACUUGUUCACCUCAUAAACAAUUUAAAUUUAUAAGAAUAGAGAUAUAUUCUUGUAGUAACAAGUGUAUUUGUAUCUGUGAAGGGUACCUUAUGAUGGUAUUAUUAUAUAAUAUUUAAUUGAAUUAUGAUUUUUCUGGAUUUUAAAAUUAGUUCUCUAUAUGUACAGUUGUAGCAAAACAAGAAAUGUCCUGAGUGUCAUUUUGUAUUGUUAUUAGUUUUAACAUUUGUCCUGCCUUCUCGAAAAGCACAUCAAUUGGAUAAAAAUGAAAAUGUUUUCAUAGAGACUAUCUUUGUGUAUACCCUGGCUUAACUUUCAUCUUACUGUUGUUUUGUUAUUUUUUACUUGAUUUGGUUUGUCUUCACUGUUUACACUAACUACUUUCAAUAUUCCAGAUUUCAAAAACAUUUUAUAUACAUAAAAUUGCAAGUGUUCACUCAUGCUAUUUUGUGAAUUUGAUAUUUUUAGUCUGUUUUUAAAACAUAGAAAGUUCAUGUCUGUAGUUUGGUAUCAUAGUUUAGUAUUUAUUCAGCUGACUGACUUGAAGUGGCUGGUAUUUCUUUUUAAACAACAAGCAGUAUAUUUUAUGUACAUAUUUAUCACAGUGAAAUAACACUUUAAUGAUUUUUUUUUUCUUUGAUAGCAAAAAUGAAAAAAAUACCCAUAGCCAAAAAACUCCAACCAGCAGAAUGUAAAGGUUUUUUUGUUUCUUUUUUUCUUUUCUUUAUCAAGCAUCAAACAUAUUCUUGUAAAUCUGGUAGGUUUCUCGAGAGUUUUAGAACUUUUCUAACAAGCUUGUUUUUCUUUUAUUUGUUAAGCACCGAACAUAUUCUGGUAAGUCUGUUAGGUUUCUCGAGAGUUGUAGAACUUUUCAGACAAGCCAGUGAGAUGUUGACUAGAUAUAUAAUAUAGAUGAACAUAUCAGGUUUGUAUUAUCCAAUGUCUGAUACAUGAUCAUGUGGUUUUGUAAAACCAGGUGGGAGUAGUCAUGUUGGAGCAAGUUUCAUUAUACAGAAAGAAAUGUGAAAUGAACCAUGUCUUGUUAUAAUAUCGCAAUCAUCACCUUUCUGCUCUCUCACUUCAUUAUUUAAUAUGUUUCAUCAUAUCAAAAUUGAGUACAAUUUGAGUUUUGGAUUAAAAUGUAGAAUUACCACACAGAAAACAAAGUGUAUAUAAUUCUCUCCCAUUCUGAUUUGUUAAUAUAAUUAAAGUAAUUUGUGUAAACAGAAGUCUCUAUAAAAAGGAAAAAUGUGUUUAUUUUUAGAUACGUCAGUACAAAAAUUCCAAUAAUUUUAUAGUUUUUACAUGAACUGACAUUCUUCAUGUUCACAAAAUUUCUUCUUUCUGAAAUUGCAGUAUUUCACAGUUCAGUUACAACUAUCUGAGAGUACAAGCAAUUAAUAUGACAGUGAAGAAAUGGUGUAAAGAAUAUUUGCUGUAAUGAUAUAUGUAUUUCAGUAUAUAUGAUUUGAUAUUUUGCUGACUGUAAAAGUUGCAUCUUUAGUUUUAUUAGUAUUUUUACAUGUAUUUGAAAUAAGGCAAGAGCAACAUUUCUGUUGUUAAAUAGUCAAAUUGUUUUUCCCGUUUAUAAUUAAGAGUUGCACUAUUUUAGUUUUAACUGUAUUAUUUGUUGAGUAUAAUCUGCAGACUGUGAAUCUGGGACAUAGAGAAAUUGUGUUACAGUUUGUAUGCUAGAUUAUUGUAUUUAUGAACUGUUUCAGGCUCAAUAAAAUCUCGUAACCAUUAUAUUGUAUAUGAUGGGAUGUGUACUCAUUACAUGCUAGUGUACAGUUGUCAUACUAUGAUAAAUGCUUCUUUUUGAAUAAUGUUCAAAGCUUUGUAAAUUUCCAUUUUUGGUGUCAAGUAUUUACUGGUAAUAAUAUGAAAGAGGUUUUUAGAACCCCACUGGGAGUAAGUGGGGCACAAUUUUCCCUUAUCUUUCUGACCUGCUGUCUGUCUGUGGAAUUAGGAUGGAUUAACAUCUGUGUCCUAUAGAAACAUUUGUAAUUUUUAGCUCGACUUUUCUAUGAAAAGGGGAGCUAUCCUACUCGCCCCGGCGUCGGCGUCGGCGUUAGCGUUGGCGUCACACCUUGGUUAAGUUUUUCGUACCACCCCACUUUAUUUCAGAAGUAUUACAAGUAUGGCUUUGAAACUUACCAUACUUGUUCACCAUCAUAACCUCCAUCUACAGACAAGAGUACAUAACUCUGUCAAGGUUUUUGACAGAAUUAUGGCCCUUUUUUGACUUAGAAAGUGUAUUGAGCUUGGUUAAGUUUUUUUGUACCACCUCACUUUAUUUCAAAACCAUUGGAGGUAUUGCUUUGAAACUGACCAUACUUGUUUACCAUCACGACCUUCAUCAACAGACAAGAGGACAUAACUCUGUCAAGGUUUUUGACAGAAUUAUGCCCCUUUUUGACUUAGAAAAUACAUUGAAUAUGGGUAAAAUCCACUUAUUGCCUUAACCCUUUGAGAUAUUGCUUUGAAACUUUUAAUGCUAUUUCACAUCAUUACCCCCAUCUGUACGCAAGAGAAGGUAACUCUGUCAAGGAUUUGUUUUAAAAAUUAAGGCCUUUUAUCGACUUAGAAUCUUGGUAAAGUUUUUAGUACCAGUCCACUUUUUGACUGAACUGUUUGAGAUAUUAAUUUGAAAGUUGGAAUACUUGUUUACAAUCAUGAUUCCCAAACAUGUCCAGGAGAAGGUAAUUCUGUCAAAGAUUUUAUUUGAAUUAUGGCCCUUAACUGUCAAUGUUUUGUAUUAUAGGCAAGCACUAAAAAAGUCGAGCGCGCUGUCUUACGGACAGCUCUUGUUCUUGUCAGAUAUGACUAAUUUAAAAAAUAGUCCCAAGUGAAUAAAGCUUUUUUCCCCGAAGUUUCUGCAUUCUAUUUUAUAUAUGAGUAAUACUACCAUACAAAUAGAUAAUAGUUUGAUACAAGGCUUUGAAUAUUGUUCAAAAUGUGACUGCUGGACUUAAUAUAGAAAAAUAUUCACAUUUACACUGAGUUGAAGUUUAUCUGUGCUUUAUAACUUAGUAAUUUGCCAAUUUAUUUGUUCAAGUGUCGUAUUUUAUUUAUUAAGCUUCUUGGAUAAAGUAAAAAUUUUAAGAGACAAAGGGAUGUAAAUGUAUACUUACUUAAUAUAAUAUAAUCAAUGGUAACAGGGAGUUAUAAUGUAGUUUUGUAUCUUACAAGGUAGAUACUUGACCUUGGGUUGACAACCAAAAUUUAUUCAGACAAGAUGUUAAAGUGUUUUCACAAGUGCUAUAUCUCAAGUACAUGCGAGUCAAAAUCAUAAAUUUGAUAUAAAUAGGAAAUGUGCACAGUCAGAACUCAAGUGUGUAAAUGUGAAUUAUUGGCGGUGUUAUAUAUGUACAUGUAUCAUUCUUUAACAAUUGUUGUUAGGGACUGACCUUUAAUAUCUUUACUGUGAUUUUCAUAGAGAUAUAAAAUCUUGAGAAAUGUAAAUGUGACAAUGGAUGCUUAUUUACCCAUUGUUUACAAUUACAGGUAUGGAUAUAUACCUUGCAGAAACCCAACAAUUGUUUUAUGAAUGAGAUAAGGUUAACUGUAUGAGAAAUUGUUGUUUUGUUGGAUGAUGAAUGUUGGUCAUGUAUUUUAAUGCAUGUUUUAUAUAAAACUUGUUGAAUGAUAUAUUCUGUUUUUACUUCAUGCUAAGCAAGAAUAACUGCCAGGUUUUCUUUUUAGUUUCCUUUUCACAUCUCAUCAUUUAAUUUUCCACAUCUUUGUUCUACAAGUUUCUCUCUUCAUUUCUUUCUAUUUUCAGUAAUAAUAUUCCUGACACAAUAAUUUCACAGGAUGUUCGUCUGUCCGUUACCAAAGGAACAUUUUUUAAAAAAUAAAUUCACACAUUUGUUUUUCCCCUGUAUUCUUAAAAGUUUUUGAAUUUAAUAAAAAAAAAGUGUGAAAGUUCAAUGGCAAUAAAAUUUAAUUAUGUUUUUUUUUAUAUAAAAUAUAGACAGUCUGUAGAUUCUGGUAAAAUAGUAUAUCCUAGAUAUACAUUAACCAGUCUAACAUGUGAUAAAAUAACUCUUUAAAUAUCAUUUAUAGGAUAAUUAUUAUA